CAUAACACAUUCUGAGAAGGUAUAAAGUCAAGCAAGCAAAGAAAGGUACCAGCAGUUUCCAGUUCUCUCAAGUCUUCUUAAAUCUUUCCCUCUGCGCUCUCUCUGAUUCUUAUGACACAAAAAGAAAAAGGAGCCUUUUGAAGGAAGACUCUCACCAUGAACCAGAAGGCUAACGUUUCUAAAGAGCUUAAUGCCAAGCACAGAAAGAUAUUGGAGGGUCUUCUUAAAUUACCAGAAAACAGAGAAUGUGCUGACUGCAAAAGCAAGUAGAGCUCCAAGAUGGGCUAGUGUGAAUCUUGGAAUCUUCAUAUGCAUGCAAUGUUCAGGGAUCCACAGAUCUCUUGGAGUACAUAUAACAAAGGUGAGAUCUGCAACUUUGGACACAUGGCUUCCAGAGCAGGUUGCAUUUAUCCAAACUAUGGGGAAUGAGAAAUCAAAUAGCUAUUGGGAAGCAGAGUUACCCCCCAAUUACAACAGGAUUGGAAAUGAUAAUUUCAUUCGCGCAAAGUAUCAAGAGAAAAGAUGGGUUCCUAGGGAUGCAAAAGAAAAAUCAUCAUCAAGGGUGAAUGAAGACAAGGGUUCAUUUUAUAAACCAGGGCCUGGAAGUAGUAGUUGGCAUGGAUAUAGAAAAAAUAUUGAGCAUUCUUCUGAGGAGAGGAACAAUGCUCAUCCACCUAGAACAAAUAACAGGAUUACUACUUCAAAAAGUAGUGUUCCUGCUGCUGUUGAAGUAUCCCACCAGGUCAUUUCUGAUCCAAAACCACAAGAAAGAUUGCAGAAAUCAGAACCAAUAGUCACAAAGGCUGACCUGGAAAAACAGGCAGCUACUGCUACCCCUGUUGUCCCACCACCCAAAGUGGAUUAUGCAACCGAUCUUUUCAAUUUGCUCUCAAUGGACCAUUCUGGACAAAAUGACUCUGAGACAUCUUCCGUUGAUGAUACUAUGUGGGCCAGUUUCCAGUCUGCCAAAUCAAACUUGACAGCAAAUAAAGAUGAUCCAUCAAAGAUAGCUGAAAGCAAGACAGAGUCCAAAUACAACAGUGAAGAUCUAUUUAAAGAUUCACCAUCCAUCACAAAUCCCAUUUCAGAAAGACCCCAGAAAGAUGUGAAGAAUGAUAUUAUGAACCACUUUGAGAAGUCCACUAUGAUGUCGCCAUUCUCUAUCCAUCAACAACAACUGACAAUGCUAGGCCAACAACAGCCAUUUCUCAUGGCUGCUUCAGCAAAGUCUAGUGUUGGAUCCCAAAGAUUUCCUGCCGUUGUGUAUCAACCUUGGUCCAAUGGUAUUCUCAUGCCCAAUCAAAAUUGGGGAAGUAUAGGCCAUCAAGUCCCUGGAAUGAUGAUGCCUGUAGCUGAUCCACAAAAAUAUAUGCAGAUGGGAAACUACCAACACAUACAUCAGACAGGAAAUUCAGUUCCCUUUCCAACAACGAGCAUGUAUACAGUAGGGCCAGUAGCUCCAAUCAGUGGUGUGACAAGCAUGAGAGCAAAUGGGGCUCCCUCAGUAUCGCCAGUACCUUCAAUCACACCAACUCAAUCAGGAAAAGAUUAUGAUUUUUCAUCAUUAAUGCAAGGGAUGUAUACAAAACAGUGAGCAAUUGCUCAAGUUGUGGGUAACAAUAUAUGUUUAGCAGAAACAUUUGACUUAGAGGAAAUCAUUUGAGGCGUAUAUUCCUUUAUAUUUGAAACAGUAAGCACAUUGUUGGUGAUUCAUGUGUAUCAAUAAGCAUGCUAGUGUAAUAAAGUCGAGCUCAUCA